AUGCCUUCCGUAAGCGACUACAAAGCAUACCACAUCUUGAGCUAUGGCUCUUUCCUUGGAAUCACGCUCUUCCAGUCUUUCGUCGGCGGCGUAGUCGCCUUCAAGGUUCUACCGCGACCUCAAUUUUCAACUCUCCAGAAGGCUACCUUCCCAAUCUUUUUCGGCCUUCAAUCUGUGUUCGGUUUGGUUCUCAUGGCCACAUACCCUGGUGAAAAGUUGCUGGGUGUUGGAAACCAGUACAUCAGGGAGAAUGCUGGCUUCAGUGGUCUUUUGGCGGAUAGCAACAGAUGGCCUGUAUUCGUGCCACUUGCGACAAUCUUGAUUACCAGUGUCUUGAAUGCCCUGGUCAUUGGACCUGCCACGACUAAGACAAUGAAGGAGCGUCAUCAUCAAGAAACUCGCGACGGCAAGAAAUACUCCGAUGCAGGCCCGCAUUCCAAAGCAAUGGAGCAGCUGAACAAGACUUUUGGUGUUCUGCACAGCGUUUCGACAAUCAUCAAUCUGACCGCAUUCGGCUGCGCCAUUUGGUACGGCUUUGUCUUGGGCGAGAGACUGUAA